AUGCGUCCAGCCGUCUUCCCUUCGCUCACGCUCUCGACCCCCGCGCUCUCCCUCUCGGCGCUCCCCCUCGCGCUCGCCGCUGGCGUCCUAGCCCUCUCAUCACGCACCACCACGCACCGCCGUUGCCUUCUCCCCAUCGCCGGACGCAUUGCCCUCCCCUUCGCGGCCGUGCUGUUCGCCAUGUCGCUCUCGCCCCGCGCAGCACCCGCCCUCGCGCUCCUCGCUGCGGCGGUCGGCCUCGCCGUCCCCCUGGUUCUGUUCCUCCAGAGCAGACGGCACUCGAGGAUGAACGGCCACGCUGCCCCCGCGUCAGCGUCACCGCUCAAGACCACCCCCGCCGCCUCACGCCGCAUCGCCCUCCUCGCCGGCAGGCUGCGCGACGCCUUCCUCGGCCGCGCCGGCCGCCGCACCCCCCUGCAGCAGCCCGCGGCGUACCCCGAGUCAUGCUUUGACGACGACUUCCUCCGCAUCCUCGGCGCGGCGCACGAGCGCGCGGCCCGCCGCGCCACGCCCACGCCGCCGGCCAAGACGCUCCCGCCCGCCCCCUGGCCAAAGGACUGGCCCGUCUACUGGGAAGGCGGGGGCCCAGCUGGCCUCGGCCGCUGGGCUUAG